AUGCAUCUCAAGCUGAGAGCAGGAGAAACGCACCAACAGUGCACAUUCUGCACGGACAAGGGGCCGUACCCAUUUAGGAAGUUGCCCUCUGACUUCUGGAACUGGGUCCUAUGCAUUUGUCUCUCUCGGUCUCCUCCCUCUCUAGUGACAAUAGCCUCCACAGACAUUGGCGUUCUGCUGGAAGAUGAUGUCUUCGUCGAUUUUUUCAACACCUUCCUGAAUCUUCCUGUCUUUGGUCAGACACCCAUUUACAUAACCAGUAUUCGCCAGUGGUACCUGUGGCCAGAGUUACCAUGCUCCCUGGUACCAAAGUACAAAGGUUUAUUGACAUGGAUGGAGAAAUACCGGCUGCCACACUUCUGCAAAACCAACCUGUGCCUUCAUUACAUUCUCUGUCAGAAGCUUCUCAGUUUCAUUAGAUCCAAGGAGGCUGCAGAGAUGCUGAGAUGGAAGAGGGCAGACCAAUGGCUGCUGGAAAAGUGCAUUAGCGGUACGCGAGGGAUGUGGCGCUUUCGUUCCUUCCUCCAAGAAAUGGCAGGGGAAGAACUGAUCAAGUUUUGGCUGGCUACAGAAAGGCUUCUGGAGAUUGAUGAGUCAGAUGCUGUGCAGAGAGAGCUCUACUUGUCUCUGCUCCAGGUGCUGAAGGCCACUUAUUUGCAGGAGGGUUCUACUGUUGUCACCCUCUGCAACAGGACUAUAGAGUCUCUGUCGAAGAUCUCCGACUGGCACCUUCAACACACAAGUACCAGGAGAGAGAUCCUGAGUGAGAUGCAGAAAUUGGCCCUGUUUAAAGUUCAAAGUUACUGGCUUCCUAACUUUUUCAUUCAUUGCAAACUGUGCAUAGAGAAGGAGAAAGAAUGCCAGCCACUACUGCAGGAGUAUCAAGACCAUUUGUUAUGGGUGGGCUUGUGGGAGAAGCUAGUGUCUCCAGCUCCCACAAUGAGCAUACGGAAGAGCCGGGACACGUCGGAACUCUACUGCAGUAGAAAAGCCAAGGAGGAGAUCUGGAAUCUCAUAAUUUCUGGGAAAAGAGCUGAAGAAACAGGAAAACCUACAAGUUGUGGGUUGCAGCCAGAGGAAACACCAAGGCCAACUAAGAGUGCAAGUGGCUUAACAGACACAGAGGAACUGCUGACUAAGGAUGAUGUCUCAAGAAAGGAGUCUCAGCAGUUACAACCUCCUGAAAAGAGCAUUAGUGAGACAGGAGGAGAAGAGGCCACUUCCAAAAGUCCCAGCCCCAAAUCCCAGUUGCCUCUUCAAGUGGAAGAGCUCAGCAAAAAGAAACCCCUAUUUGAAAUACAUGCUUCCACACCCAUUGUCCAGCUGCCAUCACUGCUAGCCCUGAAAAAGAUACUCAAGUCCUCUCCCUCUUUAGAUCUCCUGCACUGGGUACUUAAUGCUGACAGCUGUGCAGGAUGCCCCUUCAGGGAGUUCUUGAAGCGCAGGAAUCAUACAGUGGAGACCCAUCUCUUGGAUCUGUGGCACGAUCUGGAGGACUUUCUGAAUGUAGUGCUGAGUUCCAGCAAAGGAGGAAGCUUCCUCCUGCGGCACUUGUUGAGUGCAAGGAUAUCUGAGACCUACUUGACAGAAAACAACCAGAAACUUCCCCUGGAGCUGAAAACUCUCAGGAACUUGCAUGACCUUCUGCCUUCUGGAAAAGUCAUUCCCUGGAUAUUGAAAGCACAGGAAGAAAUUUGCAAGUCUCAGAUAAGCAGCAUUCAGAAGACUGCAAGACAAGAGAAAACUUCUGAAAAAAUCGAAUGCUAUCUGCUGGCCAAGAGGACAAAUGAAUCGCUGACCCUGAGCCAGGUCUUAGGUGGAGCCAGGGACUUUGAGUCACUUUCAGAUGAGCACUGGCGCCUAAUAGCUACUCAGGAUCUCACAAGAGGUGGAUCUAUCUGGAUGGAAUUGGAGCCUGUUGUGCACAAGAUAGACUAUAAGAAGAUGACAUUUGAUGAGCUGGCCCUGAAGGAUCCCUUGAUAGCUGUAAAAGUCUUAAGUGAGGACUAUGGGGUCUUCUGUGCCAAGUUUCCUUCCCUUGCAUUAGGACCAGAACUUCCUAGAAGUAUUUCCUCGAGCAAGACGAGCAAAAGCAGCCUGCGCUCAGGGAAGAGGAGUACCUUCAUGAUAAGGAAACCAUCCACCAGACCCAGGUGUUUCUUGGAAGUUCUGCACAGUGCUAUCCACCUGGAGUACUUCAAGCAGUUUCUCAUUCGACAAAAUGCUGAACAUCCGUUGCUGUUCUGGCUUGCGGUGGAGAAGAUAAGUGCUGAGACCAAUGCUAACGCUCUGCGAGAUGCAAUCACCCAAGUUGUCAAGAAUUUCUUCCGCUCCAUGACCCCUCCUGAGGAACUGCUGCAAUGCAAUGCUCCCAUCAUCAAAGAAAUAGCCAAGGCCAGCAUGGUCACCAGCUCCAUGUUAAUAACAGCACAGCACUUAGUCAUGAAAGCAAUGGACGAGAAAUGGUUUCAUAUGUACCAAGACCUGUUCCCUGGGAGCAAUGUUUAUGAGACUCACGCUGUCAAAAAGCAGAGGAAGGGAACCUUCAUGAAGGACAACCUGAAAAGAGUCUGGUUUAUGCUACGUGCCUUUAUCAGGAGCAUCUGUAAGUUCCAGAAGGAGAUGGCCAGUCCAAAAUCUCGCAAAGCAUUUGAGACCUUUCUCCACAAGGAGCUAACAAACAAAAAGGAAAAUCUGCCCUCCAGCUCCAUACGCACUAACUUUGUAGGGUCUAGCCCCCGCCAGAACAUGCCUACCGCCAGCACAGGAGAGGAUGCUGAAGUGGCAGUCAUAAAGCGCCGCGUCUUAAACCGACUAAUUACUGUCAGCUUCCUAGUCAAUGACCUUUGGUUCUUCCUGGAGAUUGACAAGUUUUGUAAGCUGUCUGAUUCAGCUGCAGCACUAGCCACCUGCGGAAUGUACUCCGAAAAAGAAGCUGCCUUUUUAAAGAGCAAAGCAGUCAUGAUCGCUAAAGUCUUCCUGCACUCAGAGGUGCCCCCUAAGCUGCGGGUGAACAUAACCGAGGGACAGAGAGACUACAUCCGAAACUUAACUUCCAAGGCAACAGUGGAUCGCAGCCUCUAUCAUGGGGUCAUAUUUACUGUGUUCCCAGUCCUGAUAUACUUCUGGAGAAGAUACUGCAACUGGAGGGUAAUGGAGUCCUUCCACAAGUACCAGAAAGGGAAAAGAUUUGUCUCUACACCCACCAAAACUUCACCUGAAACAUCUGGCAUCUUCAGUGGGGUGUAUAUUUAG